CGCAAGUACAAACCGGUCGCACAGAAAACACGACCAGUCUUGGCCGACCUCCCCGAAAAGUUCCGAAUCGUUCGGAACAUCCUCGGUGACCCUCUCGCUGCCCUUCCGACGCUGACACCGAACCCCCCACCCUUCACGCCGACCGGCAGAUACACAGCCGAACGACGCGACCUCAUCGACAAAGUCCACUCGGACGACUUCCUUUGGCCGGCCGAA